UGUAAGUAGUGAAGUCGGUUCACUCGGUCGACACUUUUCCGUGAAAAAAUCCAACCAAUUUUUCUGGCUAUCCAAACACACUCUCUCCCUCACACACGUUGUUCCUGCAGAACAGAACACAGAAGAAGAAGAAGUAUGGUGGUAACAACUUCAAUCUCAAUCAUCCCAUCAUCCUCUUCAUUUCUCUCAGAUUCUCCAUCCACUUCUUCAACUUCUUCUCCAACCAGAAACAGAGCCUUCCCUUCUUUAAACCGAACUCUCCUUGCUGGAUUCCCAACAGCACCCGUUUCCAAAUCAAUCCUCAGAUUCAGAGCCUCUUCUUCGGCUUCAACACAGGAAGAAAAUGGGUCGCCGGAACAGUUCCUGCAGAACAAUUCCAUUGCUGAUUUCAUGCGGUUCAAGCGUGGGGUUCGUGGUGGUGGUAGUGGCGAUUUGCAGACGGCUCUAGUUAGCUACCGGAAGAAAUUCCCUUGGUCUAUUUUGCAACCUUUUCUUCAGGUUGACUUGGUUUCAACAAUUCACAUCGCUGAUGAGGAGUAUUUUCUGGCCCUCCAAAAGGAGCUUGAGUCCUAUGAUUGUGUCCUUUAUGAAAUGGUAGCUAGCAGGGAAAGUUUAGAGAAUAAAAGAAACUUUACUGUGACAACAAGGUUAAAAGGAUCACGCUCAAAGGGUUUUAACAUUUUGGGAUGCAUCCAAAGACAGAUGGCUCGAAUUCUCACGCUUGAUUUCCAAUUAGAUUGUCUCAAUUACCAGUCUCCAAAUUGGUACCAUGCAGAUCUUGAUUAUGAGACUUUCAAAUUACUUCAGCUUGAAAAAGGUGAAAGUUUAUUUUCUUUUGCAAAAGAGAUGACUCUUAAAUCUACAAAGGCAAUAUUGCAGUCUGCUUCAAUUCCAGAAGAUCUUGACCCGUGGAGAUCCAAGCUUUUAUGGGCUUCACGUGUACUUCCUAUGCCGCUUGUUGGCCUUCUUAUCAUUGGAGGCGUCUGUGCGGAUGUGGGAACACAAGCAUCAGAGUAUCCUGAAAUAGAGGCAUUGUCAAGGCUUGAUUUUAGUGCUGCCAUGAAGGUGUUCCUUGCAAAGAGACUAACAUCUGAGUUCACACAAAUUACAGCAGAUGUAGAAGAGAAAUCUGUUAUAAUUGGAGAAAGAAAUAGAGUUGCAUUAGAGACCCUCAGAAGGGCAAUGGACGAGGGACACAACAGGAUUGCAAUACUUUACGGGGGUGGCCAUAUGCCGGAUCUCGGGAGGCGAUUAAGGGAGGAGUUUGAUUUAGUCCCAUCUAGUGUGCGGUGGGUAACAGCUUGGUCUAUAAGGAAAAGGGACCUAAAUACAAAUUCAUUUCCAUUUCUGAAGACUAUGGCCAAGGCCUCUGGUUGGCCAUUGAACCGCUAUCAGACCCUGGCAUUGCUCAUCUUUUCGUCGGUUUUAGCAUUGGAUCUGUGGUUUUGGGAGCUCUUCUUUGGCACCGCAGUGAAUUGGGUCUCUGAAGUUGGCUCCGAAUUUCUUCAGUAUGUUGAUAAUUCACAGAUGAUAUGAUCAUUGGACUCAGAAAGUUCAUACUAAUUAUAAUUAGGAUGAAGAAAUCUUGUCUGUGCUGGCGUAAAUAUGAAAAGCUUUAUCUGUUUUAAUAACAUUUAUACAAAUUCAGAUGUUUCUAUUUCUCAAAAAUUGUUAAGAAGAAUAUGACUGUUUGCAUUCAAUGAACUAUAGUUGUUGAACA